AUGAGCGCUGAAGGAGACAAGGCAUUGAAAAAGCAACAGAAGGAUGCUGAGAAAGCAGCAAAGAAAGCUCAUGCCAACCAAUCAAAUGGUCGUUAUGGUAACCUACCUCUCAGCCAGUCACAAGACAGGACACAGCGCCGUUUGUACAAAGUAUGUGAGCUGGAGCCGUCUCUUGCUGGGCAGUCUGUGUGGGCACAAUGCUUCUUCGUGAUCAGGCAGCAGAAAUGGACAGUACAGGUUGUUGUCAUACAGAGUGAGAAUAUCAGCAAACAGGUGCUCAAAUUCAUUUCCAGCGUCUCAGCUGAGUCCAUCAUUGAUGUUGAGGGUGUGCUACAGACUGUGGGUCAGAAAAUCCAGUCAUGUUCACAGCAAGAUGUAGAGCUGCAUAUUCAGCAGAUCUGGGUUGUCAGUGCAGCAGAACCAAGACUGCCACUGCUGAUAGACGAUGCAAGUCGGCCAGAAACUGAAGAUGGACUUGCCACUGUGAACCAGGAUACACGUCUAGACAAUAGAGUUCUUGACCUCAGGACAGUGACAAACCAGUCUAUAUUUAGACUGGAAGCUGGGGGUGGAGCCAAUGUGUUUGAGGUGACUUUCUUCAAGACGAAGGCCUACUUGGCACAGUCUCCCCAGCUGUACAAGCAGAUGUCUGUGUUGUUUCGCGCUGAAGACUCCAACACUCAUCGUCACCUGACAGAGUUUAUAGGUCUUGACCUGGAGAUGGCCUUCAACUACCAUUACCAUGAGGUGCUGGAGGUCAUAGGUGACAUGUUUGUCGCUAUCUUCAAAGGAUUGCAGCAGCAAUACUCAGAGGAGAUCAGUCUAGUCAACAAGCAGUAUCCCUCAGAGCCAUUCAAGUUUCUAGAACCUAGAUUGGUCCUAAACUACAAAGAUGGUGUAGACAUGCUGAGAGAGGUCGGCGUUGAGAUGGAUGAUGAAGAUGAUCUGUUGACCCCCCAUGAGAAGCUCCUGGGAAAGUUCCUCAAAGCUAAGUAUGACACUGAAUUCUUCAUCUUGGACAAGUAUCCACUGGCGGUGAGGCCGUUCUACACAAUGCCGGACCCAUUCAAUGCAAAAUGGUCCAACUCCUAUGACAUGUUCAUGGGCGGAGAGGAGAUUCUCUCGGGAGCUCAGCGAAUCCAUGAUCCAGAGUUAUUGUCCAAGCGAGCCCUGGAACAUGGCUGUCAGCUGGAUAAGAUCAAAGGCUACAUCGACAGUUUCAGAUAUGGUCUGGAACGAGUGACUAUGUUGUACCUGGGUCUGGACAAUGUGAAAAAGACAUCAUUGUUCCCUCGUGACCCUAAGAGACUGACACCAUAA